UUUUACAACUUCCGGAGGUUCAAGACCAGGCUUCCCGAUCAAAGGGGGGCAGUGGGGGGCUAGCCCCUCCUUAAAAAUAUUUUUGGACUUUCCGGCCAAAUUUUUGACGUUUUUCCACAAGCAACUUUCUGUCAAAAAUUUAGAAAAUUUUUUUUCGCCAGCUACUUUCCGUAAAGAAAAUUUUUUAGCCUCUCCCAUCCCUGAGAACAAUCGGAAACCCUGUUCAAGACGAUUUAAAUUGUUCUGUGGCAACGACAUUACCUGCUAUGAUGGAUUUUCAAGACGGUGAUUUUGCUCGUCAACAUCCGAAAUUUAAAUUCAAUGAAUAUCUAAAAAUUGAAUUAAAUGCAGAUGACCUGAACAUUACCAACAGCAUUUCCCACCGGGUCCACAAAGUGUUUCUUAUAUAUUGGAGUUUGUUAAACCUACGUCGAGAACAUAGAUCAACUCAAAUUUCGAAAAGAAUUAUAGCUGCAUGUGAUUGGAAAGCAUUGAAGCAUGGUCUACCCGCGGGAAUCCUUCACGACUUCUUUUGUAGUAUAACAAAACUAGCAAAGGAUGGCAUAAAAAUAAUGAUAAAUGGCGUUGAGAAACAUUAUUAUGUAUCACCAUUAUACACCCUCGGCGAUUAUCCAGCACAACAGGCCAUGCACGGUAGAAAAGAAUCAGUAUCAGCAGCUAGAUUUUGUCCUGGCUGUGAUGUUUUAUCAAAUACCUAUGUUAAUACUAUUGAUCAGUUGCCUAAUAACUAUACAAUCGCUGAUUAUAAUCAAGCUUGUGGUGAAACUGAAGCUGCAACACAAAAUGGCUAUGAAGUAUCAUGGCAUUAA